AUGCUAUCACGGGUGGUCAGGCAUCGACCAAACUUGGGAGUUCGGGUUUGUUACAGAUUCUAUUCCGACAAACAUCAAAACAUUGAGGAGUUUAAGAAGCAUCAAACCGAGUACAACUUUGGACAAACUCUGCAACGGAAGCCUGGUGGCUUCGGUGACAUUGACAGUUCGGAGCAAAGCUUGAGAAAUGAUCCCAGCCUCGCCAAGUUGAGGUAUAAUUCUCCCGAGUACAAGGAACAGCUUCACAAGUUGGAGCUCGAAAGCAGAGGGGAUCAGCAACGCCAGAGAGCAUACUAUGAAUUCAUGGAAAGAAUGAAGGCCAUUGGCGCGGGUGCUUUGGCUUUAGUUGGAAUCAUGACUACCUACCAAGUUGUUAUGAAUUACAAGUAUAUCAAAGCAUACUUCAACGCCAAGUGGUAUCACAAUUGGGACGAUUCUUUCGUCAAAGAUCUUAAGGAUCCAAAGGGCAAUACCAAGAGCCUCGAAAAUUUGACCGAGAAGCUAUUCUCGCAAAUUGAUGAUCAGUUCAUUGAUGCGUUGAAGCCAUCGGAGACUACGCCUGGAAUUUACCUAUUUGGUGCUAUCACGAAAAGCAAAUUGCCCUCUAGAAUCCCUGGAUUUGACUCCAAAUACUAUCAAGAUGUUCUCGUAAGGAAUGACCUUGUUGUUGCAGUAGACGAGGCCGGUCAUGUUUAUCAAUACACCCCUGAUAUGAAGCAACCAGAAAAGAUAAAUACUCCAACAAGAAUAUCGAGAGUGUAUUCUUCCGGUGACACACUUUACUACUUAAGUCACAAUCAAAAGGAUCUCUACCAUGGCCACUUGGCGCCCGAGAGUAAGGCAAAGGGGUGGUUCCAUCUCUCUCUGGGCUCAAGCAUUAGUAAAGUGUCAUUCGAGGACCUUGAAAGGGGCGAAAAGAUUGGAAAGAUUGUAGCAGGUGAAAACCACUUGCUUGUCUUGACUUCGAAGGGCAGACUUUUCGAGGUAAAUACAGCCACAUCUCCAAACAAUAAGGGUCAAUACGGCUUGCCAAACUUCAUUCCCAGUAAUACUAAUGCCACUAUACCAAUCAACUCUGCCUAUGAAUUGAAAAAUUUAAACUAUGAGAUUGUUGGAUCUGGCGACAAGAAAUCCGUGCAACAAAGAGUCUUCAAUGAUAUUGGUGCAGGUAGCUUCCACAACAUAGCAUCUGAUACAAAAAACAACGUGUGGAGUUGGGGUGAUAACGCAUUCAGUCAAUGUGGUAUCGAAGCUGCAACUAUUGGUGAUUUUCAAGCAGUCCCAAGACUUGUUUUUUCUGCCAGCGAUUUAAGGAAGCUCAUUAAAUUCAGCUUACCAGAUCAAUUGGCCAAUGGAAGUAUUCAAGUCAACAAAGUUGCAUGCCAGAAAGAGACCACUUUGAUCAAGGUCACAUUUAAUCACGACGCCGAUCGCACAAAGGAUCAGAGUUUGAUCUUAGCUUUCGGCAAUGGAUUAAAGGGUCAACUCGGGCUUUCCCGUUACCUUCACAAGAUUGGACAGCCUCAUGUCAUCAAGAGCCUCGUAGGAAUGAAAGAAUACAACACUGUGGCAAAAACGAGCGUCAACAUUGGUGUUAAAGAUAUUGUUUGUGGUGGAAACCAUUCAUUUGUUCUUCUUGACAACGAAGGCGAGAGCAAGGAUGUGCUAGUAUUUGGUGAUAAUUUGGAUGGUCAGUUUGGUAAUGGAAAGUGUGUCAAGAGUUCGAAGCCUCUUUACAUUCCAAAACUUCUCGAGCCUGCAGACUUUGAAGGUUCCAAGACCGAAUUAGUCAAGAAGUUCAACGACCAAGACCGAAACAGACUCCAGCUCCUCGAAAGCACCAUCAAUGGGCAGCGUAUUGAACAAGGAUUUGCUGCUGGAGAGGAUAGUUCUGCCAUUUUCUACAAAAAAAGAUAA